AUGAACACCAAGCAAGCGUUUGUCGUUGGCGCGAGUGGAAUGGUCGGGAAACAGCUGGUUGAGACCCUUUCUGCAAACCCCCGCUUCUCAAGAAUUGUUCUUUUCGGGCGACGAGAUAUCGAUUUGCCAAAUCCGCCGAAGCAUUUGGAACAAAGAAAAAUUGAUUUCGAGAACCUUUCCGAGCAUAAGAAAGACUUUGAAGGAUUUGAUGUCGGAUUUUGCGCUUUAGGCACUUCAUCAAGGCUACAUCCGGAUCUUUUUGUUAAAGUUGAUCACGAUUAUGUGGUGAAUACGGCAAAAAUGGCGAAAGAGUGUGGAACGGAUACGUUUUGUUUGGUCACUGCGGCGAGUACCGAUGAAAAAAGUCGAUUUGAGUACCCGAGAAUUAAGGCAGCCGCCGAAAGGGAUGUUCUAGCGCUUGGGUUUAACCGAACGAUCAUCACCCGACCGCCGAUGAUCAUCGGGGAAAGGGAAGUGGCCACAGUCCCCUACAAAAUCAUUACGCUGUGGCACAGUCCC